AUGCAGGCAGGCCGGCUCGAUCGGAGAGGAUCUAUUUGGGAUCGGUCGACGAAGAUGGUGCGGGGGAAGACGCAGCUGAAGCGGAUUGAGAACCGGGCGAGCCGGCAGGUGACCUUCUCCAAGCGCCGCGGCGGGCUGCGCAAGAAGGCGCACGAGCUCUCCGUCCUCUGCGAUGUUGAGGUCGCCCUCAUCGUCUUCUCCCCCAGCGGCCGCCUCUACGAGUUCGCCAGCGCCAGCAUGCAGAAAACACUAGAACGUUAUAAGGCAUCCACAAAGGACAAAACUAGCAGCCCAACGGCACAGCAAGACAUAGAGAAGAUAAAAGCUGAUGCUGAGGGCUUGUCACAGAAACUGGAAGCUCUUGAAGCCUACAGAAGGAAAUUUUUGGGUGAAAAGUUGGAAGACGACUGUUCUUUUGAAGAGCUGAAUAGUCUGGAGGUCAAGAUGGAAAAGAGCCUUCGUAGCAUCAGGAGAAUGAAGACUCAGGUGUUUGAAGAUCAGCUCGCUAAGCUGAGACAGAAGGAGAUGACGUUGCGCAAGGAGAACGAAGAUCUAAGGGGCAAGGUGACCAAAGGCAGCGAAAACGAAGAUCUUCAGGCCAAGUGCAAGGAUGUGGUCGACCUUACGCUGGUGACCUCUGCUCCCAUGAUCGCCGCGGCGGCGGCGGCGGAGGAGGAGGAGGAGAACCCUCCUGAGGCUCAGCCGGAGCUGAACAAGGACGCCAUGGACGUGGAGACGGAGCUGUUCAUCGGACUGCCCGGCAGAAAUCGCUCUUGA